CCACCCCUGGUGUUGGUGGACAGCCUCAAGUGACCUGCGAGCAAGCUUCUAGCGUCGCCUUGAUCCCAUUUGCGACUGUGAUUUCAUCGUUGUAUGUCUGCAAGAUAUUCGCCCUGUGCUAUCAGCUGCUCAUCGCUGCUUGUCGGCGCAUCGGGGACGGCAGCACCGUUUCUUAGAGCGCCUGUGGAUUCGUGAGCUUGUGUUCUAGACACAUUGCCCAACAUACAAAUCACCACAGUAUUACGACGACGGGCAAUUGUGCACGAUAAUCCACAAAGGACUUUGCAUCACACAACCGCGGAGUGUCGGUCGUGACGACGUGACGGGCACUGCCUACGUUCCUCUUAUAGGUAUCAGUGAUAACAGUAAACAGGCCUGCGCCUCUGAAGCGUGGGGCGUCUGAGGCGUGAGGCGCUCGUUGCCGUCGCCUAUCAUGUCCGGACCUAUUUACCCCAGCACGCUGCGCUACAAGGACCGGCUGGACUGCGGGAAGGAUGACGCCUUCACAUACAACCGACUGUACACGGCUACGCAAGGCUCUGAUGUUUGGGCGCGAUUGACAGUCGACGCAUCCGUGCGCCAAUCAAGCGCUCGCUCGCGGGGAUCGUUCCAGGAGGGUCAGGCCAUGGUGCGGCACAGCUUCAAGAACAGCGGGUUCGACUCCAAUACCUGCCCGGCGGUGCUGACGCACUCCACCUUCAAGGCGGGCCUGUACAGCUACGGCGUCCCGAUUGAGGAGCAGCACCCAAUCACAGCACGCCGUUUCAAGCAGAAGCAGCCGCUGGAGUUCAUGACGCAGAUCCGGCCGCACACCGAGACCACCAACCAGGCGCUGCGCAUGUUGGGCACCUACGUCAGCGACCAGCCGCACGCGGACCGGCUGGGCAUGUUCAUCCCCGCGGGCUGCCCGGGCGGCAAGCCCGCUUACCACCCCGACGUCACCACGGGCGGCUUCGGCCUGCUGCCCACGCUGCCGCGGCGGGGCAUGGGCGCUACCCUCACCGACGGGCGCAACCUAAAGUAAUGCGGCUACCGGCAUGGGCCACACUGUAUGGGGAUUGGCGGCACACGACGUGGGUGGCAUGGUAUUUGCGGGUGGGGACGCUGGGAAAGGGAGGGUCACAGAUACGUAAUGGAGCCCAGGAGGAUUCGGAUGAAAGCUUCUGAAGUCCGAAUGGGCGGAUUCUUUGUUGAAGAUACAUGGUCGGCAAGAGGGGCCGCCGCAAGGUGCGGCAUGCGGUGACGUGUUGUUUAUCCCGGCGCUGAAGAUGCGCCGUGUGCAUGCGUUACCGAGCUUAGGCAAGUGCUGGACAGAAAGGUGGGAGCGAAGGAUAGUUAGGCCGAACACGUGUCAAGUCAAGGACAGGCUGGUAGAUUGCAUUGCUGUACAUGCGGGUAUUGUGACGUCUUGAAAGGGGCGCCAGUAGUGUAGUUGUGCAUACCGGCAUGACGCCGUGCUAAAUGCGUGAGGCCCGGCAGGCGCGUUCGACACGCCCAGGGGUGGACACGCCUUCUGAGUAACAUUCAUUGGACUUCCGCAGUACCGGGCGCUUUUGAGUAACAUUCAUUGGACUUA